CACAUGAUCUUUAUUUCAGGAACAGUGGUAACAGUGCCUUCAUAGAUAAUUUCAGACACUGGCGCAGAUUGGAAUUCAAAGUCUGAUGUAAUUGCUAGUAAUGGUGGCUAUAUCUGCAAUUUCUUGGCCGGAAAAAUUAACAGCAGAUCAGCGUUCCACUUCUUUUUCUCUUAUUUCCGAGUAUCUGUGCACGCACAGAGUAGAGGGGUAGCUACCUGAAUUAUCUGGGCUGUAAGGGUUAGCUAGCUAAGUGAUGGCAAAUAAAACCGCAAAGAGUUGCAAGUUUGUGGUGGUUGGCGGUGGAAUUGCCGGUGUUUCCUGUACUGAACAGCUUGCUUCACAGUUUCCAUCCGAAAAAAUUGUGCUUCUGACUGCUGCCCCUUUGAUAAAGGCCGUGACCAACUUCAAAAAGGUUUCAAAGACACUGGAGAACUUCGAUGUGGAAGAGCAGCCCUGCAGCAUUAUCGAGAGAAAGUAUCCAAAUGUGAAAGUGAUCCAGUCAGAAGUGAAACAGCUUCAAGCAAAGGAACAUAAGCUGCUGACGGAGAAUGGGAAGGAGCUCCAUUAUGAGAAGCUGUGUCUCUGUAGUGGAGGCAAACCAAAGCUCUUCAUACACGACAGCCCCCAUGUGCUGGGGAUUCGAGACACCGACAGCGCACAGGAGCUUCAGAAGCGAUUAUCGAAGGCAAAGAGAAUAGUUGUUAUCGGGAAUGGAGGAAUUGCCUUGGAGCUGGUGUAUGAGGUGGAGGGCUGUGAGGUGGUUUGGGCGGUGAAGGACAAGGCCAUUGGAAAUACCUUUUUCGACGCUGGUGCGGCGCAGUUCCUCAUCCCCUCCAUGGGCGCAGACAAGCCUGAGAGAGCCACGACCUGCAAGAGGGCCCGCUACACCACCGACAGGGCCGCACCUGAGUGUGAUGAACCGAACCGUAACCCUGGUUCAGCAGAGAAACUGGGCAGUGCCCUGGGGCCAGACUGGCAUGAGGGGAUUGAACUGAGAGGAACACAAGAGAUGUCCCACAGAGUCCACGUGGAGUAUCAGUGUGAGGUCCUGAAGGUCUAUUCGGCUGAGGACUUCCUGAGCUCUCCGCAGCGUAGCCCAGAUCCCUCCUCAGAUCCAGGGCUCUGGCCAGUGUACAUACAGCUAACCAAUGGCAAAACCUAUGGCUGCGAUUUCAUAGUCAGCGCUACUGGGGUCACGCCAAACACUGAACCGUUUCUCCAAGGAAACAACUUUACAGUGGCGGAGGACUCUGGCCUCAAUGUGGACGACCACAUGCGGACCUCGGAACCAGACGUGUAUGCAGCUGGGGAUGUGUGCACUGCAUGCUGGGAGCCCAGUCCUAUGUGGCAGCAGAUGCGACUGUGGACCCAAGCCCGGCAGAUGGGCUGGUUUGCAGCGCGGUGCAUAGGCGCAGACCUCCUGGAUGAGCCUAUUGAGUUGGACUUCUGCUUUGAGCUGUUCUCUCACAUUACCAAAUUCUUUAACUACAAGGUGGUGCUGUUGGGGAAGUUCAAUGCACAGGGCCUGGGACAGGAUCAUGAGCUUCUCAUACGCUGCACCAAGGGGGAAGAGUAUGUGAAGGUGGUGCUGAGGCAGGGGCGGAUGGUGGGGGCCGUGCUGAUCGGAGAGACCAACCUGGAGGAGACCUUUGAGAACCUUAUGCUCAACCAGAUGGACCUGUCCGCCUAUGGAGAGGAGCUUCUCAAUCCCAACAUCGACAUUGAGGACUACUUUGACUGAGCUAGCGUCUGUCAGCUGCCUGUCUUUCCAGGCGGUUUCUGCUGCCAGCUUUUCAGUCAUGAGAGUGCUGGCAAAGUUGAGUCAUUUGGUGCACUUUGAAAACAUUGCUCGUUUGGGCAAUUGUAUGAUGAUAGUUUUAUGCCUUCCUAAUCCCAUAUCUAGUUAUAGCUGUCUGUAAAUAAAGGGUAAUCAUUUAGUGAAUGUGUAAUUUAUUACAUUUUUAAUUUACUCUGUAAAACAGUGAAACAAGAUAUCAGAUUGAAAAUAAGGGAUAUUACUCAAAGGAGAAAUAAAAAGACUAACAGAGUGCAACAUG